CUCUUUAGAUCCACCCCUCUAGAUCUAGUUAUGCACUAUAAGGUAAUUGACCCAUCUUGGAUCAAGUUUAUGGUAGAAGUUCACCAUUUAGAAUCAUAAAUGAGGAGGCUAAAUUCGAUCAAUAAUAAAACGAGCUCGAAUCUAACUGAACUGGUUAAAGCAAUGUUUUAUUAUACAAAACAAGUUCGAACUCGACUCAUUUUCUAAUAAGCUAAGUUCUCAAAAUUCAACUCGAAUCUGCUCGUUUGAUCUGAUUAUACGAACUUUAAGGAAUGGUGCCGUUUGUUUGCUGUCACCGCCAACGAACAUCGGGGCUUGGAAAAUUGCUCUUCUUUUCCAUUAAAGAGAACCUUUGAACUUCACCCAAACACUUCCAAGAGAGAUUGACAUUUCUCAGAGAGCUCUAUUAACUUCCCCCAUUUCCUCCACGACAUGGCUUCCGAUCCCACUUCUCCUCCUCCGCCGACCUCUUACGGCUACGAUUCCUUCUUAUCCCCCACGCCGGGCACUUUUCUCUCACGAGCUGCCGCCAGCUCCACCGCCCUAUUCGCCACCCGCCGUCCAUGGCGCGAGCUCGUCAGCCUCUCCUCCUUCGCCCGCCCUUUCUCCAUCGGCGAAGCCAUGGUCCGAUUGAAGCGCAACCUGGCCUAUUUCCGCGUCAAUUACGCCAUGGCCGUCCUCUUCAUCCUCUUCGUCAGCCUCCUCUGGCACCCUUUCUCCAUGAUCGCCUUCCUAAUCGUCCUCGUCGCCUGGCUGUUCCUCUUCUUCUGUCGCGACGAGCCCCUGGUGAUCCUCCGCCGCACCGUCGACGACCGCGUCGUACUCGGCCUGCUCGCCGUCGCCACCGUUGUCGCCUUGAUCUUUACUGGCGUGUGGCUGAACGUGUUGGUGUCUGUGUUGGUAGGGCUCGCGAUUGUCCUGUUGCACGCCGCGUUUAGAGGCACCGAGGAUUUGUAUGUGGACGAGGUAGACGCCGGAGGCGGUGGGCUGCUCUCGUUCGUCGGCGGCAGCCCUACCAAAACUGGUUACUCGCCCAUUUGAAGCAAUUUUGUGGUUGCCCCGGCAGCGGGUGGUUUCUCUUUGGCCUGGUUAGCAAAUGGAGCACUAAGCUUUUGUCUUUUUCAACUUCGUGUGAUCACUGAAUGAUUUGGGCUUACUUGAUGUUGUAAAUCUGAUUGAUAGGUCUGAGAAACUUGAUUCCACAGUAGGUUUCUGUCUUUCCCUUUUCUUGAUUAGAUUGAAUUAGUUGAGAUAACAUGUAUACUGGUAGGGGGUGAUUCGUUAUGAAUUCAGGGUUUUUUCCACGAAAUUAGCUUCUGGGUAACUUUGUUUUAACAAUUGAACUGCUUCUGCUGCUCUCUGUCUCUCUGGUUCAGUCGUAAUGAUGGUCUGACAAUUUCAGUUUUGCCAUUGUGCUGAAGGUUUAACAGAAACUUGGUACAGAAUUGGGCACAGAUGAAACAACAUGUAUGGAUUAGUAAGGGUGCUUUGUUCCGGAUUGAGGUGGGAUUUAAGAUUGAUCAACAGAAUUAGCUUUGUCUGGAUGACUGUAUUAACCACAGUAUCUGGGAUGGCCACCCAUAAGGAUCCUGUGGUGGGGAAGAAAGGCUUUCAUUGCAU